UGCCAUACCGGUAUGAUAUCUGUACUGUGGAUUAUCUUGCUUUGAACACCACCAACCAAGUAACGCUCACCCCUCAAACUCCCUUAAUAAUGGUGCUUAGAAUUUCAUGCAGCAAAUAGUGACGCUUGAACGUCACCAAUUACCCAAAGGAAACCCUUUUGCGGCCUCUUCAAGCUCUCUCCAACUCCUCUUGUUUUCAGAACCUCAAUUGUAGCCUACAAGUAGUUGACGUUCACUGAAGAAGAAAACCAGCUCAUUGAUGCCCUUGUUGGCAUCUAAGGCCGCGACGAAUCAUCACCUCCUCUGCAACUCAACUGAUUGCUUGAAUAGAAUUAGAAGCUUUGUAGGAUGUUUUACUUGCAGUGAAAGUCUUUGAAGAUUUGCAAGGCCUGUCCAAUCCAGUAUGUCUCGCAGACAGGCUCUAGUUUAAUUGAGGGUCGUUGGCAAUUAAUGUUUACACCAAGACCUGGAACAACAUCUCCAAUUCAGAGCAUGUGAAAUAGCAAAUAGGACUUGGGUAUAGUGAAGUUUGAAGACAAAAUUAGAGAAUGUCGAGCGCCAUAGCAAAUGGUCUGGCAGGAGCUGGUGGUGGUAUUAUUGCUCAGAUAAUCACUUAUCCCCUACAAACGGUGAAUACGCGCCAACAAACUGAGAGAAUCGCCAAGAAAGGGCUAGUUGCUUCCUCCAAUGCUUCCGAACGUCCUUCAGGUGGCACGCUUCGUCAGAUCCUCCUGCUCAUAAAAACUGAAGGUUGGGGAGGUCUUUACAGCGGUCUUACGCCUUCCCUCUUUGGAACUGCUGCUUCCCAGGGAAUUUACUACUACUUUUAUCAGCUUUUCAAAAACAAGGCUGAGGCAAUUGCAAUUGCCAAUAAACGCAAAGGACGUGGGGAUGGUACUGUUGGCAUGUUUUCAUGGCUUAUUGUUGCAGCACUUGCUGGGUCGUUGAAUGUAUUGCUGACAAACCCAAUAUGGGUUCUUGUGACACGGAUGCAGACACAUACUCAAGCAGAAAGAAAAAUUAUGGAGGCAAAGAGGGAAGCUAUAAUGAGCGAAGCUUCUGAAUGCUCAACAAGUCCAACUUUACAGGAAAAAUUGGCUGAGCUUGACUCAAUAAAGCCUCACCCUUAUGGAACUUUCCAUGCGGCACGUGAGGUUUACAUGGAAGCAGGAAUUACUGGAUUCUGGAAAGGAAUAGUUCCUACACUUAUUAUGGUAUGUAAUCCUUCAAUCCAGUUCAUGAUUUAUGAGGGCUCGCAAAAACAUUUAAGGAAAAAACGAGCUGCUAAGAAGCAAGGAUUUAAAAAUUUAUCAGCUUUAGAGGUUUUCUUACUAGGGGCAUUGGCUAAAUUAGGAGCAACUGUGUCAACAUAUCCCUUGUUGGUUGUCAAGUCAAGGCUUCAGGCAAAGCAGGAGAUCGGUGGCAACAUCUCAUUAAGAUAUUCAGGUACUCUUGAUGCAAUAAUUAAAAUGAUACGUUAUGAGGGAUUGCCUGGCUUUUACAAGGGGAUGAGCACAAAGAUAGUACAGAGUGUUUUUGCUGCAUCUGUAUUAUUCAUGAUCAAGGAGGAACUUGUUAAAGCUUACAUGUUAAUGGCAGUUAAGAUCCAGGAAGUUGCACCCAAUUUGAUAAAAUGAUUUGUCUAUUAUGUAUAAGGGAUACCUCUAUUUCUCUACUUUUUGGUUUACACAUAAUUUCUACCUUAAAUACAAGGACAAGGGUACUGAAAAGACAUUGUUGUAAUAUAUGAUAGUCAAAGAUUGGCAUCACAAGCCUAAAUUCCUAUCAUCUUGGACUUGUGAGUUUGAGGGUUGAACAUCUAAAGAUUAACUUCUGAUGUCUUCUCAGAAUGAAACUCUGUAAUAUACUAGCUGGAUGAUAAUCAAUCAAAAAGCUUAUUCAGAAUCA